AUGACAAAAUUUUCCGUCGAUAUUUGUUUUGGGGGGAUUCGAGUUGGAAAAUUAUUUCAAGUUUACACUUGUUUGAAAACGAAUCCCGGUCCAGGUGCGGAUGAAGGUGAAGCUGAAACGGGCUGGAUAGAAGGCCUUGCUAUUUUAAUAUCUGUUAUAGUAGUCGUUAUUGUCACCGCCUUUAACGAUUAUCAAAAAGAACGUCAAUUCCGCGGAUUACAAUCGCGGAUAGAAGGGGAGCAUAAAUUUUCGGUUAUACGACAGAACGAAGUGAAACAAAUAUCCGUUGGUGAUAUAGUCGUCGGUGAUAUUUGUCAGAUUAAAUAUGGAGACUUGCUUCCUGCUGAUGGUAUUCUCAUACAGAGUAACGAUUUAAAAGUUGACGAAUCAUCCCUGACGGGAGAAUCAGAUCAUGUUAAAAAGGGUGAAAAUAUUGACCCGAUGGUGUUAUCAGGAACUCACGUCAUGGAAGGAAGUGGAAAAAUGUUGGUAGCUGCCGUGGGUGUAAAUUCUCAGGCCGGUAUUAUUUUCACGUUAUUAGGAGCAGCUGUGGAUGAACACGAAGCCGAAAUUAAAAAAAAAAGAAAAGGUAAGGUGGGGGUGGUGAUUGACUAUCGAUAUAUCGACAGGAAAAAGACUGUUGUCGACGAAGAAUCUGGCGUGACCGGAAACAGUCAUCAAAAUGUUCCAUCCUCAUUACCUUUGGAUAAGAGUAAUCUUCCACAAGAAAAUCAUAAACCGCAAUCCGAACGUGCUCACGAGCCUCAUAAAAAAGAAAAAUCUGUACUUCAAGCCAAGUUGACAAAGCUCGCCAUACAAAUCGGUUACGCAGGUUCGACGAUUGCCGUUUUGACGGUUGUCAUUUUAGUGACGCAAUUUUGCGUCAAAACAUUUGUCAUCGAAGAAAAACCGUGGGAAAGCAAAUACGCAAGCGAGUUGGUUCGACAUUUAAUUAUUGGAGUGACUGUACUUGUAGUCGCCGUCCCAGAGGGUCUCCCGUUGGCCGUCACACUGUCCCUUGCGUAUUCCGUCAAAAAAAUGAUGAAGGACAACAAUUUGGUGAGGCAUUUGGAUGCUUGUGAGACGAUGGGUAACGCAACGGCUAUUUGUUCGGACAAAACGGGAACUCUUACUACAAAUCGUAUGACAGUCGUAAACUCUUACAUUUGCGAAAAAUUAUCCAAAACAACUCCGAAGUUCAGUGACAUUCCGCAAAAUGUUGGAAAUUUAUUAUUACAAGCUAUAGCAAUCAAUUCUGCUUACACUUCUCGAAUUAUGCCUUCGGAAGAUCCGACGGAGCUCGCCAAACAGGUCGGUAACAAAACAGAAUGUGCCCUGUUAGGUUUUGUUCAAGCUUUGAAUAAAAACUAUCAGACAAUUCGUGAUGACAUGCCUGAAGAAAUGUUUACGAGAGUAUACACAUUUAAUUCAGUGAGGAAGAGCAUGAGUACGGUCGUACCCAGACAAGGCGGUGGUUACCGAUUGUUCUGUAAAGGAGCUUCGGAGAUUAUCAUGAAAAAGUGUUCAUUUAUUUACGGCCGUGAUGGUAAUUUAGAAAUGUUUACAAAAGACAUGCAGGAAAGGUUGGUUAGACAAGUUAUUGAACCUCUUGCUUGCGACGGCCUUCGAACGAUUUCAAUAGCCUACAGGGAUUUCGUUCCUGGAAAAGCUCAAAUUAAUGAAGUUCACAUAGAAUCUGAACCCAAUUGGGACGACGAAGAAUUUAUAGUUUCGAAUCUUACUUGCAUAGCAGUCGUAGGUAUAGAAGAUCCCGUUCGGCCAGAGGUACCCGAGGCUAUUCGUAAGUGCCAACGCGCGGGUAUCACGGUACGAAUGGUUACAGGUGACAACAUCAAUACAGCUAGAUCGAUAGCUUCCAAAUGUGGUAUUCUUAAACCCGGAGAUGAUUUUCUAAUUUUGGAAGGAAAAGAAUUUAACAGGAGAAUCCGUGAUUCUAAUGGAGAAGUUCAGCAACAUCUUUUAGACAAAGUUUGGCCAAAACUCCGAGUGUUAGCUCGUUCUUCUCCAACGGAUAAGUACACUCUUGUUAAAGGUAUUAUAGAUAGUAAAAUUAGUGACGCCCGAGAAGUGGUCGCUGUUACUGGCGAUGGAACCAAUGAUGGUCCAGCUCUUAAAAAAGCCGACGUCGGCUUUGCUAUGGGUAUUGCCGGCACUGACGUUGCCAAAGAGGCCUCAGACAUCAUUUUAACAGAUGACAAUUUCUCAAGCAUUGUUAAAGCUGUGCUGUGGGGAAGAAACGUGUACGAUAGUAUUGCUAAAUUUUUACAAUUUCAGCUUACAGUUAAUGUAGUUGCAGUGAUAGUCGCCUUUAUCGGCUCUUGCGCCGUUCAAGACAGCCCGCUUAAGGCUGUACAAAUGUUAUGGGUAAAUUUAAUUAUGGACACACUUGCUUCCCUUGCUUUGGCUACGGAAAUGCCAACAGCAGACCUUCUUUUAAGAAAACCGUACGGCAGAACAAAACCCCUAAUUUCAAGAACAAUGAUGAAAAACAUACUCGGACAAGCCAUGUACCAACUCACUGUUAUAUUUACGCUUUUAUUUGCCGGUGACAAGAUGCUGGACAUCGAGUCAGGUCGGCAUGGGGAGUCCACAGGUGGUCCAACCCAACAUUUCACUGUCAUUUUUAAUUCCUUCAUCGUCAUCAUAGAGUUUGGAAAAAGCGCGUUUUCAACAAAGGGACUUUCUGCCGAUCAGUGGCUCUGGUGUACUUUUUUCGGAGUGGGAACAUUACUUUGGGGCCAAAUCAUCACUUGUGUACCUACUCGGAAGAUUCCUAAAAUUCUUUCGUGGGGACGUGGACAUCCUGAAGAAUACACUGAAGCGAUCGCUCUCGGAGAAGAAAAAUUCGAUCCGGAUGCCGACAAGAAACCUCGAGCUGGGCAAAUACUUUGGAUUCGUGGUCUGACGAGGCUUCAGACGCAGGUUAUCGGUGGCGAAUUACAAGAGCGGUUGAUUCCGGUUCCCUACAGCAAGAGCUCCACUGACCAAGCUAUUCGCGUUGUUAACGCCUUCCGUCAGGGUUUGGACACGAGAUACGAUGGAUUCAAUCCCACGCUGACGGAAGUACUACGUAAGCAAUCAUCUUUCAACAAGCGUCUCUCUCAAACCUCUUCCAUCGAAUACGCGGAUAACGUGCCGGAUGAGCUUAUGAUACCGGAUAUUGACGUUGAAAAAUUAUCUUCUCACAGUCAUACGGAGACUGCCGUGUAG